GAUGCAUGUUAUGUUGGAUGGACUGUCGGACGCAUCUGUCUGUUUUGCCGAUAUAUGGCGCAAUCAGCCGUCGUGUAAGUGGAUCAAGCGUUCAUUGCACUAUAGUCCGCCAGACAGUCAGUCAGUCAGUCAGUUCACGUCAUUUCGACUGUAUAGGUGUGGAUGGGCUGCGCCUCUGCAGCUACGACAAAUCACCCAAGGCACUCAACCCAUCGAUCGGUCAAGGCCGCUCGCUACACCGCCUCCCUCCGCCCACGAUCUAGCUAUACACACACACAUACACACACCCACAUACACACAAGCAGGCAGGCAGCCACCGGCCAGACAUCCGCAGCCAGUCGGCUCAGUCGUCGGCUAAUUAGUGCGGUCGCUCAUAUACAGACGAACAGACAGACAGCCAGACGCGCCCAUGCAUGCACACACAAGAAUGAGCCAUGGAUAAAGGAGAGGCUGCUCGCUCUGGUCUUGCUGCCUCGCUCACGCCGCCUUCUGCAAGGACGAAGAGAGAGAGAGAGAGAGAGAUGAGCCUGCCUCUCUCUUGUCUGUGUGGAUUGGGUGCUUGGUCAUAUCUGCAGCAUAUCUGCAGGCAGGUUACCUACCUGGACGGGCAGGAAGAGUUUGAAUUCGUUGGGGAGCUCGUCUUCGCUGUAGAGGCGGUCGCUGAAGUAGAUGCGGCGGAUGCGGCAGUUGGCGUGGAUCUGCACACGCAAGGUCUCGAUGUAGUUGGUGCCUGACACACACACACACGCACAGGGAGGGGGAGAGCAGCCAUUUUGAGUCUGGUGUGACGCGUGGCGGUUUGGCCGAUCGACCGACUAACCGUAUGCGCGUCUGGUGAAGUCGGACAGGUUGAACUGGAUCUGGUUCCAGCCCUCGUCCAAACGCAUGGGCAUCGUGCAGAUGAACGGCUUCACACGGGUGGUCGACUGCACUCACCCAAUCACAUCACACACGUAUGGCACGGCACACACAUGAAUGGGCCCAGCUGGGGUGCGUCUGUGUAUCUGUGUGUUGUGUGUGCCUGGUAGUUGGAUGCGCGGAACCUCCGUCGGAUGUUCUUGUCGUCGAGCACCUGAACCUCAAACGUGAAGUACUUCUUCAGCUGCACACACACGCGAACACACACACACACACACACACGUGUGAGAGCAGCCAGCUGUGCUUGACGCAUCCUUCCAUCCAUCCCCUGUCUGUUGGCUCACGCACAUUCUUCAUGAUCAUGACAAGGAAGGGCAGCUUGAUGCCCAAAGUCUUGUUCGGGUCGGCAGGGCAGGUGAUGAAAUUCGUAGACACGUUCGUACCUGAGAGAGAGAGAGAGAGAGAGAGAGAUGUGGUGGUGUGCCUGGCCCGAGCUCCUCCCGCCGCCCACCCAUAAUCUCGAGGACGCUGGACUGAAUGUCCGAGUCGGUGAGCCGUUUGAUGUGCCCAUUGCGGACUGAAGGAGGCACGUUGCAAGACAGACAGACACACAAAUGAAGCUUGGCGACACUGCAGUGGCCUCAGUGCGUGUGCCAUGCAUGCCCACCCUUCUUGUCCCAAAUCUGCAGCGGCUUGCUCCUGAUGGAAGGAACAACACACACACACGCAGAGGGACAGGCAGACAACUGAGCGAGUGCGCGCAUGCGCCCGUAAGCAUGUUCUGCCGAGUAUUUGGCAGCCAAAGCGUCGCCCUCAUGUGGCAUUUCGCCUCCCUGCCCCAUGUGUGCCUCACCCGACGCUGUAGAGGAUGGAGAGGAAGCCCGACUGAAAGGUGUUCUUGAACAUGGUCGCGACGAUGCAGGUACAACGUUGCAGGGGCACUCUCGAGGACGCUCAGGCCCUUCCAGCCCAG